CGACUGACAUUGUCUGACAUUGAAUCAAAUCGAAUUGAUUUUCGUUUUCUUCGCCGGACAGACGAAAUAAAACCUGGUUAAUUUUAUUAAAAAUUCAGUCGUAUCACAUAGCUAUUUGAGAUUUUUAGUUUUUGAAAAAACCGACAGCGAGAAUAAGAUGCCUCACUUCAGAAUCGAGACUAACGUGCCAAGAAGCCAGAUUCCUGCUACUUUUGUGCAGAAAGCUGUGCCGGUAUUGGCCAAAGCACUUGGGAAACCAGAGCAGUACUGUGUAGUUUCCAUCAUACCGGAUGUGCAAAUGAGUUUUGGUGGGUCUACGGAGCCCUGUGCGAUCGCCAACCUCAUGUCUAUCGGAGCACUGGGUGUGGAGCAGAACAAGAAACAUGCUAAAGUACUGUUCGAGCUGGUGGAACAGGAAUUGGGAGUCAAGAGUGACAGGAUGUACAUAACAUUCCAGGAUGAGCCGACCGGCAACGUCGGCUUCAAAGGCACCACUUUCCAUGCUAUCUUCGGAUAAACAACAUAUUUUGUUACAUUUCGUCUCUAUGGUGGUCGAGUUAUACGCUAUGCUGCUUAUUAUGAGUCACAAACUGUUCCGCUAAAAAAUUGAUUAAUGUUUUUAUUUAUUCAUAUUUUAUCUAUUUAUUAUGUUAAAGAACAUGUCUAACCAGUGAAGGUCGUUGCGCUGAGCAAGAAUUUCUAUAAUCAUUUAUUAGGCAGCUAGUUGCCCAGCCACCACGCCAAUCGUGCAGUCAAAAAUUAUGACUGUUGAAAUUGUGAUCAGACCACAUAAUUUUAGCUAAUUGGCUAUAUUAUCUCCUCUAUUGACUUGAUCAUAGCUAUUACUAAUUGUCAGUGACUCAUACUUAGCAACAUUGCGUAUUUAUAUAGAAAACGGAUAGGCAUAUCUUUUUUACCUUUUUAUGAUUUAAUUAUGAGAUUUUCAGUGUAUUUGCCUUGGUUAUAUGUAUAUUUACAGUUUUAUUAUGUUCCUAAAAGGUAUGUAAGUCGGUGAAUUUAACACGGAAUUGUCAGUAUCAUAAGAUAAUAAUGUGGUGUUAAAAUUAAUCCCAUUGCCAUUACUAAAAAGGUUCCUAUUUUUGAAAACAUGGCAGCUUCAUCAAAACCUAACUAUAGACAUUAUAUACUUGAACAGUAAUCAGUAUUAUUUUUUCAAUUCCAAUAGAAUUGCAAUAGUUGUUUAAAAAUGCAAACUUAAUGUAAGCGUCCACAUGCCCGCAUCGUACGCAUUCCGUAUGACGUCAUCAGUACGCAUCGCAUGUUGGCAUUGCCGAUGAUGCAGUCCGUACGAUGCGGAUCAGUGGACGCAGUUGUAUGAGUUUCUAUACAAGUCAAACUAAAAUCCGUUACGUGCGAUGCGUACGAUGCGGGCCUGUGGACCUUUAGUUCUCGUCAUUAUAUUUUUUUUUAAAAGAAGAAAUAAAAAAACACCAUUUUGUCAUAAACUAAUGGGCUUUAAGCAGAUUACAGAUAAUUUAGACGGUUGCUAAUUUUAUAAUGAAAUGCUAAUUUUUUUUUUACAACUACGUAAGUAUUUUAACUUUUAAUCUUAUUUUGUUAAAGUUUUAAGAAAUAUUUAAAAUUUUAAUAAUACCCAAUUGGUUAGCGAAAUAUUAUUGGUUUUCAAAUAAUAUAAUAGUUUUGUUAUAUCUAUAAAUAUUUACAUUUUUUUUAUUUCGUUGUUGUUAAACUUUUUGUCUGGUUUUAAAAAUGUUUAACUAGUUAUCUAUGUGCUAUUAGAAUGUUAAGAGUAACUUGUAUUUUUGAGAUGAGACAAAUAAAUUGUAUAUCUAUUAAAAUUGUA